AUGGUUUUCGAUCGUUUGAAGCUUUUCUAUCGCUCUUGUCUGUUUCAGGUCAUCAUUGUUGGAUUGGUUGCUUUUUGUGAGCCAGGGAUAUGGACGGCGUUGAACAAUCUUGGGGCGGGUGGUAACGCGAAGCCGUACCUCAACAAUGCCGCCAACAGCCUGACGUUCGGGCUCAUGUCCAUCGGUUGCUUCAUCGCUGGCGGUAUCACCAACAAAAUCACCGCCAAGUGGACCCUCGUCAUUGGAGCGGCAUUCUACACACCCUAUGCCGCUGGGCUGUAUUGCAACAACAGAUAUGGCAACGAGUGGUUCCUCCUGCUGGGAGCUGGACUCUGCGGCGUGGGCGCAUCGCUCUUGUGGGCGAGUGAGGCCGCCAUUGCUGUGGGAUAUCCCGAGGAUGAGAAGCGAGGGCGCUACGUCGGCAUCUGGAUGGGCAUCCGACAGAUGGGACCGCUGGUCGGCGGCGCCAUCUCCCUCGCCCUGAACGUCAACACAAAAGAGAAGGGCAAAGUUUCCUACACCACAUACCUUGGACUGGUCGCCAUCUCAGCCUUGGGACCGCCCCUAGCUCUACUGCUGUCGCAGCCACAGAAGGUCGUCCGAAGCAACCGCACGCCGAUCCCAUACAUGAAGAAGACAUCCUUCAGUAUCGAAUCCCGGGCGAUUUGGAAACAGCUUCGUAACAAGUACAUGUUGUUGCUCAUUCCUGUCUUUGUAGCUGGGCAGUUUGGCUCGACGUAUCAAGGCAACUAUCUCACGACCUACUUCACCGUCCGUUCCCGCGCCCUAGCCUCCUUCCUCACCGCCAUCGUCGGCUGCAUCGCGAACCUCCUAACCGGCAUCCUCCUCGACCUCCCCCAAUACUCCCGUCCCCUAAAAUCCAAAGUAAUGUACACAUUCCUCAUCAUCGCCAUCACCGCCGCCUGGACCUGGAACUGCGUCAUCGAAAUCCGCCUCUCGCGUAUGGCGGACCCACCAUCCUUCGACAUCGGCUCCGGCGCCUUCUUCACCUCCGCCUUCACCGUCUACAUGCUCUUCAAAUUCUUCUACGAAGUCCUGCAGACGUACAUCUACUGGCUGAUGGCGGAGAUCAAAGGCGCGAAGGGGGAAGGGGACGUCGCGCGGACGACGGGGAUUUUGAGGUCUUGGGAGAGUGUGGGGAGUACGGUGGCGUAUGCGGUGGGGGCGACGCAUUGGAGGAAUCGGAAUCAGAUGAUUUUGGGGUUUGUGUUGUGGGUGUGUACGGUGCCGCCGACGGUGGCGGCUGUGUUUGGGGAGUGGAAUGUUCAAGGGGAGGAGGAGGAGGUGCAAGGGGAGGAGGAGAGCGAUGUCGAUGUGCAGAGGGUUGUGGUCGUGGGAGGGGAUGUGGAGGCUUUGAAACGUUGA